CCGGCUGGUCCCCAUGUCAGACAGAGUUUUCAUUUUUCGUCAACUCCUUACUUGUUGACUGGUUGUUGGCAAUUGCCAGAGACUCAUUGCCACUCGUUGUUUUCACAAAAACUACAUGACACCAGGUUGGUUCAUCUUUAUACUGGAAGUACGGAGAAGUCGUUGUAGUAGUUCGACCAAGAAAGGCUUGUGGACAAGGGGCCGUUCUCAAUUAUACCCUUCCUGGUAGUGGUCCCUCUUUCCCGAUCUUGGAACACGGAAGACUCCUGGUAGCUCAACCGACAACCGCAAGGGUGAGGAGCGCAUGCUCUGCACUGCUGGCCCAUUACAGUGCGGCUUUUCUCGAAUCAAGAAGCUUCAAAGCCUGCAUAGGCUCACCCACCCCAUCCUCCUUCAUCAGGUACCAGGUACGGAGACGCCCCCCCCACAGCUUCUUCUCCAUCGAUACAGGUCCUUGUCUCUAGCGGCAGCCUCCAUUUUUGCCGUGUUCUCUGCGGACAAUUCUCUGAAACCCCUCCUAACGGAUAUUACGAGUACUUUGUUUUCUGACAAGAUCUGGAGCUUGCAGGCUCGGGACAAGUCAGUCAUCCUGCUAGCAUCUUGGGACCACCCGGCACCCCAUACCUGCACGAGGCAUAUACCUGUAUGCGAGCUGAUGAUUCCAGGACCAUCGAUUGCACCUAAAUCAAUGUCGGACCCCACUGAAGCGCGUGACAGGGGUCGCUCACUGGUUCUUCUCGCUUUGCAGGCGGCUAACUACCUACUUCUUUCUUGGCCAACCCGGUCAAAGGGAUACAUCCACUGUAUUACCAGUACAGCAAGCUCUCCGCAGGCCGAGAUCAAAGGCAGUCCCUUUUCGAAGGGAUCCCGCCCCCUCAACCCAGACCAAACUGAUCCGAGCCGUCCUUGUUCCGUGCCACUACUUCUGAGCAUAACUAAACUUGUUCCUCGUGAUAAAUCAUUUGGUUGGUUGGUUUCGAGUUUCUGAAUCAUACAACUCGCGAGCGAGACGACUCAACCAGCAGCUUCCAUUUCCUAUCGGAGUACCACGGAACAUUUCUUCGGGACCUCGUAAGCUGGCUUGACUUUUUCAGGAUCUGGAUCUGUCGAUAACUUGCAG